UGAAAGCAAUCAGAGUGAGAGAGAGAGUUUGGGGGCUACAUACAAACUGAAACAAUGCUGAGAAAAUUACUCAUUUCUUCUUCAUCGUCCUCCUCCUCUGUACUCUCUAAUGGCAUCCUCCUAAGAACUUUUCCAUCUCUCUCCUCAUUUUCAUCUUCAUUAUCUCUCUCAACGUCUUCAUCUUCAUCUUCUCCUCAAUCACACACAGACCCAUCUUCUACUAGUAAAGAUGAAACUGAAGAGACAACAAUCCUUCAACCUUCUCUCAAAAUCUCCAUUGAUCGAUCUUCCUUAUACAGUCCACCAGAACAUUCUCAUGAACCAUCCUCAGAUUCUGAGCUUGUUAAGCAUUUAAAAGGCAUCAUUAAAUUUCGGGGUGGACCAAUCUCAGUUGCAGAGUAUAUGGAGGAAGUUUUAACAAACCCUAAAGCUGGAUUUUACAUUAAUAGGGAUGUCUUUGGAUCUGGUGGAGAUUUCAUUACAUCUCCUGAAGUUAGUCAGAUGUUUGGAGAGAUGGUUGGUGUAUGGGCUAUGUGUUUGUGGGAGCAAAUGGGACAACCUGAGAAAGUGAACCUCAUUGAACUUGGUCCAGGAAGAGGAACACUGAUGGCUGAUCUUCUACGUGGUACUUCUAAGGUUGAGAAGUUCAUGAAGGCACUGAAUAUACACAUGGUAGAAUGCAGUCCCACUUUAAAGAAGCUUCAGUACAGUGCACUAAAGUGUACAGAAGAGGUUGAUAAAACGGUUGUUAGCAUGUUUGGUGGAGCUCCUGUAUCUUGGCAUGCCACAUUGGAGCAGGUUCCAUCGGGAUUGCCAACAAUCAUUAUCGGCCAUGAAUUUUAUGAUGCGUUGCCUGUUCAUCAAUUCCAGCGGGCUUCUCGUGGCUGGUGCGAAAAGAUGGUUGAUGUUGCAGAUGAUGCAUCGUUUCGUUUUGUUCUAUCUCAACAGCCUACACCAGCAACCAUCUAUCUGAUGAAGCGGUGUACAUGGGCCACAAAAGAAGAUAUUGCUAAGCUUGAUCAAAUAGAAAUCUGCCCUAAGGGGAUGGAUUUGACUCAGACAAUUGCUAAGAGAAUUGGUUCUGAUGGUGGCGGGGCUCUCAUCAUCGAUUAUGGCUCAGAUGGAAUAGUUUCGGAUAGUCUGCAGGCUAUUCGGAAGCACAAAUUUGUUGAUAUACUUGAUGAUCCCGGUUCAGCAGAUCUUAGUGCUUAUGUCGACUUUGCCUCCAUCAGGAAUUCCGCAAAAGAAGCUUCAGAAGAUGUUUCUGUCCAUGGUCCAAUAUCUCAAUCUCAGUUCUUGGGUUCUCUCGGGAUCAACUUUCGAGUUGAAGCACUGCUACAAAAUUGCACGGAUGAGCAAGCUGAGUCUCUGAGGAACGGAUACUGGCAGCUAGUAGGAGAUGGAGAAGCUCCAUUCUGGGAGGGACCUGAAGAUAAAACACCAAUUGGUAUGGGUACAAGAUAUUUAGCAAUGGCAAUCGUGAAUAAAAAUCAACGCAGUCCAGUUCCAUUUCAGUAAAGGUCGUCGUGGGAAGUGUGUCUUAGUAAAUUCAAGACCGAGGAAAUCUGCAUAUAUACGCACGAAGUAGGUUACACUAGAUGGAUCCCUGGAGUAUUUGUUUUUGUUUUAAAUACUAACCCCCUGGUUUCAAUAGAUCUUUUUCUUUUUUGCGUCUUCAGUACACUUGGCAAUUUUGAUGUAAGAAUACAAAAUUACCAUGAAUAUGAUUUUAGGGGGGUUCCAAUCCAUAUUUGUUUGAUAGGAGUUUGUCUGCA